AUGGGGAUUAUUGGACUGUCCAAGGACUCUCUGAGAAAGAUUAUGUUGAGAGCCGAAUUUGAUGAAUACCCAGAUGAUGAAAACAUGCAUUGCACCUCUCGUUUGACCGAAAUGCUUGGAAAUUUUACACAAAAGCUUCAAAAAAGUGCGGAAGAUAACUCCACAGAGAACUUUCUUUUUGAAGAAAUUAGGGUGUUGGAAGAAAUAAAAGGAAUUUGGCUCCCUAACUUCUUGCCCCGCCAGGGUUUCCUCACAAUGCUGCAAAGGAAACUUAACAAAAUAUCACAUUUGCCCUUAGAUUUCAUGGGGGAAGUAUGGGAUUACAUUGAAAAAGUUGUGAAUGCUGUGCUGAUGUGUCAUUCAGAUGGAUACCCGCAACUUCAAUCUUCUAUUAGAAGAGCAGCGAACAACCUUGUGGAGAAGAUGAAGAGGAAGGCCUUUGAUCGGGUGACAGAAAUGGUAGAAAUGGAGAAGGUGACAGACUAUACCUACAAUCUAGUUAAUCAAGAGAUAGAGAAGGAGAUUGUGAACCAUAUGGUAGGUGGUCAAGGCAAUGGGAUUGAGCGGAUGCUAGAGGAGUGCCCAUCAAUUGCAAUCAAGCGUGAGAAGCUGAACAAAAGUAUUAAGUUGCUAAAGGAGUCCAAGGAGGUUGUGGCUGAGAUAAUGGACAGGAACUUUUAA